CAAGCAAAGGACUCUAUCAGACUUGAAAACUGAAGAGAUCCCAAGAAUAUUAUAUACAAAGAGAGCAGUCUGUAUACUCUGCACUCCUACUAUCUCUUUGAUAGCUGAAGAAAAGAGAUCUUUGGUGGCUCGUUUGGGACCGGAAGGAAUAGGACAGGCCGUUAUCUCAAGAAGGUCAGAUACAAAACCUGAGCAAGGAGGGCACAACGGGGUGGACGAAAAAGUGACAGAAGAGGUCCAUGCUCAUUGAUAAGGGUGUGAGCUCCCUAUCACUGAGAGAAAGCAGGAUGCAGAAAACAGCUUACUAUGAGAACUCUGGACUUUUCAGUGGUUACACAUAUGCCAAGCCUGAGUCCUAUAGCUACAACUCCAGUCACCAGCCUUACUCCCAGUCCAGUCUAGAGAAUGAUUAUCCAAGCUCAGCUUGUUCAAUCCAACCAUCUGCUAUCAGGCCCCCAAACCAUAAGACUAGUGAUAUAAGUGGCAGCUGCAUGAGGACAUCUUCUAAUCAAAAUGCCAGCCAGACAACCAAUAUGAAUGACCAGCCUCACCAAGCUCCAUCUUUACCACCAUCCUCACCCAGCCAUGGCAAUACCUCAACACAGAAAAAAAGCAAAUCCUCCAAUGCAUCCAACUCCUCCCAGGGUACCAUGAGUAAGCAGAUCUUCCCAUGGAUGAAGGAAUCGAGACAAAAUACAAAGCAGAAAAAUUCCAGCACCCCUCCAGGAGACAACUGUGAGGAAAAGAGCCCCACCGGCCCUGCUUCCAAGAGAGUGCGGACCGCGUACACCAGCGCCCAACUGGUGGAACUGGAAAAAGAAUUCCACUUCAACCGCUACCUGUGUCGCCCACGCAGGGUGGAAAUGGCCAACCUGCUGAACCUGACGGAGCGCCAGAUCAAGAUCUGGUUCCAGAACCGAAGAAUGAAGUACAAGAAGGACCAGAAAGCCAAGGGGAUCAUGCACUCUCCAGGGGGCCAGUCUCCAGACCGCAGCCCAACACUAAGUGGCUCCAGCCACGUCGGAUAUUCUAGCCAACUGCCCACCGUUAAUAGCCUCAGCUACGACGCCCCGUCGCCAACAUCGUUUGCCAAAUCCCAGCAAAACAUGUACGGGCUGGCUGCCUACACAGCCCCUUUGAGCAGCUGUUUGCCCCAGCAGAAAAGAUACCCUGGUGCAGAGUAUGACCAUCACACCAUGCAGAGCAACAGCGGCUUUGUCAAUCCCAAUUUGCAGGGCAGCCCUGUUUAUGUUGGAGGGAACUUUGUUGAUUCCAUGCCAGCUUCUGGUCCUAUGUUUAAUGUCGGUCAUCUUUCUCACCCGUCAUCUGCCAGUGUGGACUACAGCUGCGCUGCACAGAUUCCAGGCAACCAUCACCAUGGACCUUGUGACCCCCAUCCCACAUACACAGACCUAACUUCUCAUCACACGACUCAGGGAAGGAUGCAAGAAGCUCCCAAACUGACACAUUUGUAACUACAAGUGCGACUUCCAGACAGGGAGAGAGAAAGAGAAGCUAACUGUAACUCCUUUUAAAUUACCUCACUUUUUUCUGAAAGAAAUUGUUAAUGUAUCUUAUUAUUCUGAGUGCCAACAGCUUAAAGGAAUGGUCUACCCUAAAGCAGCUCUAUUCCUUUCAGCGACUCGUAUAGUUCUAGGAAAAGGGACCCUAGUCUUAUAAGCAUGACAGUGCAAUAACUGCGAAGCAAGGCACAAAAAAAAAAACAAAAAACAUUUAAUGAUGUACUUGAAGGUAAGUCUGCUAGAAUUUAGUAUUAGCCAGUGUCAUGCAAAAGUUUUUUUUUUUUUUUUGACCAAAUGGAUAUGAAGGGGACGUGACUUGCAUAUGAACUUUUUUUUUUUUU